GAAUCAGAAAAAAUAUAUGCCUUAAACUUUGAUUAUUUUAGUUAUAAGAUGACAUAACCGCUUUGUGUAGAAUUGCUGGCUCGGUACAGUAGAACAGAUAAGGGCAAGUGUUUGUUCUUUGUAACUCUUCUGCAAAUGCUUCGCUCACCGCGGCCUUGAAGGUAAAAAAAAAAAAAAGUAUGUACAAAGUAGAUUUCCAGGUGCAAGAAGGAGGUUUGUGAACUAACCCUAUCUCCCCCAUAAUUCCCAUCCUGAUAACAGCAAAGAAAUAAUGAAGUAAUAUUAUAGCCGCUUUUCAUGCUAAUUUCACUAUAUGAUCACGUGAGUUGUAAGCGACUGUUAAAAAGUAUAUAAGCCUCCUGAUUUUGCUCUUGGGGGGGGACCCCUUCCAAGUGCUUGGGAAAUCCAUGUCACUUUGGAACUCCCCCUACAGCUGUAGUUUCUUUUGAAUAAAAGCUUCUGCUGACCUGACCCAAAAGUACUCUGUGUGUGUUUCCACGACAAUUCCUGGUGCCGUGACUCGGAUCCAGAACACAGGCUGAGGAAGGAGGACCGCAGGCUACCCCCCCCCCGAACCCUGAGGCGCCAAACUUGAGAGGUCCAAGAAGCCUUACCUCAACCACCGGAUGUUCCCUGUCACAACCUCGAACCAGGGGAUUGGAUCUACGUAAAGGUCUAUCAACGGAAAAACGCACUUCAACCCAGAUGGAAAGGACCUUUCCAGGUACUUCUAACCACUAAUUCUGCUGUUCGUUGCCAAGGUCACCAAACGUGGACUCACGCCUCGCACUGCAAGAAGGUAUCACCUCCAUUGGACCCCGAAGCAGCUGUAUUCCAGCCAAGGUUGGGAUCUUUCCCUGAGGCCAAGGACAAAGACCCUCAGGACCUCACUCAGGCAAGUGAGGAGCAUCAGGGUGCAAGUGCUAGUAACCUCUCCCCUGCACCCAACACCUCAGCCCAGCCGGAUUCAUCAGUUGAAGAACGAAGAUAUCAUCUUCGGCCUCGAAGAAAGUGAAUGCUCCCAUUCGGAAGAUCACCACCUCGAUCAAGACCAAGAGCCGACAUUAUCAGUCCUUUAGGUAACUUGAGCCCAGAGGACGAAGAAAGACUUUGGCUGCCAUCCUGGGUUUGGCUGGUAGUGUUCUUUUUCUUACUGGUGCUGGUUAUGUUUGUUGUUAAGAUUCUUUGUCCCUCCUGUAUCUAAAAAUGGCACUGAUAUCCUUAUAUAUCACACUUGGGUAUCUCAGUAUCACCCAAGGGGGGUGGGAGAAAAAUUUGUAUUUGCAGAUCUCCCAUGCGGUGGCUCAAGCUGGAAAUAAAAGUGACUGCUGGAUAUGCUCUCACAGCCCAGCACACCUACACCAAGGAAUCCCAAUGAUCGGAGUACCAAUAUCCCUCCAGCAAUGGGGAACAAUAAACGGCGGCUUCGUUAGACACUACUCGUUAGCUGCCCAUCGGUCCGCUCCUAAAGAAUGGAGGGCCGCCCCUGCUAACUGGAUAAUCUCCCCAAGAGUAGAGGCGCCUUUCUGUUACAGAUCCAACAACACCGGAGCUUAUAAUAAAGCCACACCUGUAGGACACUACCCUCAUUGCCUAACUACUCUAGAUUAUAGCCCUAGUAGCACCAGUGGAAUCCUGUUGGGUAACGUACCCUCUCUCAAUUGUACAGGAUUCAUGGUCUACAACUUUUCUAAGGAACCUCAUGUUGCUCUCAUUGCAAACAGAUCAAAAUUUUACAUUCACUCCAAUUUUACUUCUUGUAAUAUAUCUCGGUCCAGCAGAAUAACAGCUGAACGUGGACCGUCCUAUACGAUGCAUAUCAAUCGAAAGUGCCGGAUAGGGCACAACAACUGCCGAGAUUUGAGUACCCUUUCUGCCCCAGGCCUUUACUGGCUCUGCGGAAACAGGGCUCAUAAAAUCUUGCCCUGGAAUUGGGUGGGGGCAUGCACUCUUGGACGUGUUAUCCCUGGUUUCGAAAUGCAUAGUGCAAUAUAUCUGGAACAAGUAAAAAAUUUCAACCAUCACAUGAAAAGGGCGGUUAACCCCUUAGCUACCAGAAAAACAGGGUUCCAUCGAUUUGUGAGAACCUUCAUACCGUGGCUUGGAGUAAGAGAAUUGGAACUAGCCAUAAUUAACAUUUCAGCCACAAUGGAAGCUAUGGGAAAUGCCACUGCGGAUGCAAUUCAGGCUCUGCAAAAAGAGAUCUCCCAGAUCUCACAAGUAACUAUACAACACCGCAUAGCCCUAGAUUACCUAUUGGUAUCCCAGGGAGGAGUAUGUGCCUUAGUAAACUCCACCUGUUGUGUCUAUGUCAAUCAGGACAUGCGAAUCGAAACUGACAUUCGCAAAAUCCGAAAUCAGUUAAGGGUCCUACAUCAAGUGGCCUCAGAAAAUACUGACUGGGGUCUAGAAGAAAUGUGGUCUUGGCUAACCUCCUGGCUCCCAGAUUUCGGGGCCCUUGGCAAGAAAAUCCUGUAUGGAAUAUUGUUUGUCUUGAUAGUUCUGAUAAUGUUCUAUGUCUUAAUGCAACUGAUCCUCUGCUGCGUGAAAGCCAGCAGGGGAAGCUUUAGCAAGGCAAGAAAACCCACAGCAGAGUCUAGAAUAAUGGUGUUACAAAAGUGUGAGCAGAUUGAAAGAAAACAUGAAAGGCUGCAUGAUGAAAUAGAGGGGCUCAUGAGAAUGGAAAUUUAAGGCUAAAGUGAGACUAAAUAGUCUCAAAGGGGGGGGGCUGUGGAAUCAGAAAAAAUAUAUGCCUUAAACUUUGAUUAUUUUAGUUAUAAGAUGACAUAACCGCUUUGUGUAGAAUUGCUGGCUCGGUACAGUAGAACAGAUAAGGGCAAGUGUUUGUUCUUUGUAACUCUUCUGCAAAUGCUUCGCUCACCGCGGCCUUGAAGGUAAAAAAAAAAAAAAGUAUGUACAAAGUAGAUUUCCAGGUGCAAGAAGGAGGUUUGUGAACUAACCCUAUCUCCCCCAUAAUUCCCAUCCUGAUAACAGCAAAGAAAUAAUGAAGUAAUAUUAUAGCCGCUUUUCAUGCUAAUUUCACUAUAUGAUCACGUGAGUUGUAAGUGACUGUUAAAAAGUAUAUAAGCCUCCUGAUUUUGCUCUUGGGGGGGGACCCCUUCCAAGUGCUUGGGAAAUCCAUGUCACUUUGGAACUCCCCCUACAGCUGUAGUUUCUUUUGAAUAAAAGCUUCUGCUGACCUGA